CUUUUGAGCAUUCUAGUAUAAAGUGUGUUCCAGAGAUAUCUGGAAAAGAUGCUUAGCAUUCUCACCUAUUUGUCGUGUGGUACAGUCCAAAUUGAUUCGUGGAUUGUUCAAACGCGUAUUAGUGCAACAAACAAACACUUAACAUCAGAUAUAUAAAACACAAAUUCUGAAUCGUUCUUCCUUAUCCAAGCGUGGGAGUGGUUUAUUGGCACUAUUAAAUUUUAUCAUAUUUAUAGACCACUUAAAGAGUACAUUCCUCGAGAUCAUAAAAAAUACAUUUCAUGAAGUGUUUAAUUUUGCCGUGUUUGAAUGUAAGCAAUCUGCCAAAUUGUAAAUCCGAAGGUGAACGAAUAACAAAGUUAUUAGCUUAUAAAAAAGGUAAUCGACUCUGAAUCACGCGAACAAGCCAUGACCUGUCCGAAUCUUUAACCACAAUGUACCUACGUCACUAGAAAUAAUCCCCGCCUACUGACUGCGAAAACUUAACUCUCUCCUCCCCAAACACUGUACUAGCUCGUUCGUGACGUGUGCAUCAUGUCUAAGAGAAGCUGUCUUCUAUGUAGUGAAACUAAGUCAGUCUUAUUUUCACUUCUGAGGAAAAAAUGGUUACUAUUUAUUUUUCAAACGACACCAAAGGAGUAUAAACCGAACGUUUUACUUUGCGCGCGUCAUUUUACCGAAGAUUGCUUCAUCAAUCUUGGCGCCUUUACUGCAGCAUACAUUAAACGUCUUUCCUUAAAAGAUGUUGCAAUACCAACUUUAUUUGGACCUGUAAGCUCCACCGAAUCACAACCUGUAAGUGUGACUCUUUAUUUUUGUCUUUACUUAAAAUUAAAUUUGUGUGACGUUAUCUCAUGUCUGUGUUUAGCUAACGUUACCGUUAUUUUUGGGGUUGUUACUGUUUGUUUACCUAACGUUAGCUAUAAACUCGUUGCGCUAAUGUAAGUGUUCAACCAUAUUAACUCGCAAAAUCUUUAUUUCAAGAACUGCGUGGUGUACUAUAGUUAUAAUAACAUCUGAAGAUACGAACACCGUACACUGUAUGCCGUGAUAACUAACUGUUACAAGAGAAGUGUCUAAAACAGUCCUUUUUCUUACUGGCAUCUGUAUAAGGAUUAAAGAAUGAUUCGUCAGACUCGGGCUCGAACUGGUAAGGUAAAAUCGACGCCAUCUCUCUCUAUACACUGUUAAUAUCCAACCACCUGCAAACCGUAAUACAGCAGUAAUGACAGGCGGUCCAUUUGCGACACAUGCUGAACGCGUUUGACCAAUCACAGCAGACUAGACCAUUUGACCAAUCACAGCAGACUAGACCAUCUGACCAAUCACAGCAGACUACACUAUCUGACCAAUCAGAUCAGACUACGCUGGAGGAAAGGCGGAGAUUACACAGAUGAAUCGCGGAACGAAUCAUUUGAGAGUCAGUCAAGAAGUAAGGUAAUAAAAACUGCUUAUUAUUACGAAAUAAUAGUAUUUUUACAUCAUGUAUGUACAUAAACUUGUUGUCGGACACUCCAUAAACCAAACUAAGCCCUUAAAAAUAUUGAGGAAUGUACUCUUUAAGAAAACGUAAGCAAUGCUGCUGGUCCAGAAGAACUUCCUGUUUCCGUUUUUUUAACUACACAAACGUUUGAACAAAAUACAACCAACAAAACAUUUAUAAUCAAUCAAAAUGUUAAAUGACUAUCUUUAAGAUUUAUUUAUAUAUGUAAGAUUUUAAAAUAAAAUCAAUAAAGAUGAACCAGAAGUUCUUCUGGACCAGUGUUUAUGUUGUGAAGUGGUCUGUUGUAUAUUUAAAAAAUAUGUCUGUUUAAUAAAUAUACAAUUAAAUGAUUUUUCCAUUUUGUAAGAUCAAAUCAUUCAUUUCAGUACACUGCUGUAAUAACAGACUUGCAGUUAUUCAGAGUUACUAAAAAGAGUUUCAGCUGUGAACUGUUAGAAGAGUCCACUAGAGGACGCCACAAGACAGGUUGAGCUAAAACCUCUUGUAAUAUUAAUCCGAAUUGUGUCCCUUAUAAAUGUGCACAGUCCCAAAAAGAAAGUACAAUGGAGACAAAAAGAAAGAAUCUGGCCAUUCACUAGAGUCAUUUAUUUAAUUAUUUUUUCUGGAAUGAAAAGCAUCUGUGACCACCUGGGAUCAAAUACACUGGAAAAUUUGUAGAAUAAGUGCAAAUAAAUACCCUACUUUCUAUAUAGUUAAAAAACUCCCUUUGACCUGUAUUGCUUUGAUGAGUGUUAAAAUACUUUAAUAAAAAAACCAAGGAAAGAUUUUAAUCCAUGCCAAUGGAUUAAGUGUCCCGAGCCCCUUACUGCUACUUAGACUCAGCAAACAAGCCAUUGCAGAUAUUAUAAUGAUGCACACAGAUGACUAGCACUUGAAUGUGUGCGUACUGCCAUAACAUGAGUUAAGGUACUAAAUGUGGCUUCCAAACAGUUUAUUGCAGCUUUGAUUUUCUCUAUAAGUCUAUUAUCUAUUACUUCAGCCAAUAUAUUACGCCAAUAGUAAGUUCAGUAUCAUAAUUGCCACUUGGUGACUUCAUGUCUCACAUUUAUGCAAUAUCUCAUAAGAUCUCAGACACAGGAAGCAUAUGUGUGUAGAAUAGUGUUUCAUCUGGGCCUGCUGAGCUGGCUCGUCUCUUUGUCAUCACAGUGUGAAUGCUCUCAUCAGCAGAAACCCCGUCACACACAUGCACAUGCACAGACAUACAACUACAUUUAAACUACACACACACAAAGCCCAACACAUAAACACAGUGCACACAUUUGGACAUUCUGUUGGCCAAACAAUGUGCUGACUGUCAUGUGUACGGCUAUUGUUUUGAGGGAAAAAUGACGGAUGUUGAGGUUUUGUGUCAAGUUGAAGUCAUUUUACGAACUGUCAAAUGUACUCUGUGUUGAAUAUUUUUUUAUUUUUGAUUACUGAAGCUAUUCGUAUCAAUUUCCAAUGACACACAGUACCGCCUCCAAUGUAAAUGCAUUCUUUAUCAACUGCUGUAUUUCUAUAUUCGUCUGAAGAUUAAAUUUGAAGUAGUAUCAGCUUCAUCGCUUUAGAAAAGGCACUGAAAUUCAUGCCUCACUAAAAUAAGACCUAAAAAUAAAAUGUUUAGAUUGCCUCUAUAGUGCAAAGUGGACUGCUCGUCAUGUAGUGUAUAUGUGAGAUUGCUCCACAGAUUGCAGGUCGGCUCGUUGUGAAGAGCGUGAGGAGGAAAGAAACAAAAGGCAUCCAAAGCAAAGUGCUGACAGCAGCCUGGGUCUGUGAGUCAGGGAGCCCCAUUGAAGCGCAGUCCGUAUAAAUACCCCCACAAAUGCUUGAACAGUCGACCGCGUGGUGGAUUCCCUUCAACGCACACAGCACGUUCUGUUGGGUCAGUCAGUGCUGAGAUACCUGAAACAAUGGCUCUGACAAACCCUAUGUCCAUGCCCAUGGGACCAUGGAAGAUCACCAUUUAUGACCAGGAGCAUUUCCAGGGCAGGCGUUGCGAAUUCACCGCUUGCUGCCAGAACAUCAUGGAGUUCGGUAUGGAGACCGUCCGCUCCCUGAAGGUGGAGUGUGGCGCCUGGGUUGGUUUUGAGCACACUUCCUUCAAUGGCCAGCAGUUCAUCCUGGAAAAGGGAGAUUAUCCUUGCUGGGAGGGAUGGAGUGGCAACAAUGCCUAUCGCAUCGAGAGGAUGAUGUCCUUCCGCCCUGUCUAUUCUGCUAUGCACAAAGAUUCCCGUAUGACUCUUUUCGAUUGUGAGAACAUGACUGGAAAGCAGUGGGAGGUGUGCAAUGACUACCCCUCCCUGCAGGGUAUGGGAUGGUGCAACAAUGAGGUCGGCUCCAUCAAGGUCAUGAGUGGCGCCUUUGUAUGCUAUCAGUAUCCCGGUUACCGUGGUUACCAGUACAUAAUGGAGUGUGACUGCCAUGGAGGCGAGUACAGGCACUACAGGGAGUACGGAUGCCAUGCUCAGACCCCCCAGAUCCAGUCGAUCCGUAGGAUCCAGCACUGAGGGGAACCGUCUGUGUCCUCCCUACUUCACCUCUCCGCUUCUUCCUUCUGAUCCCCUUUCCUCCAUUCCCUCUGUCCUCCGUUUCCGGCCAUGCAGGAUGGUUUGUUGACCAGGCUGGCUGGUAAACUGGUGCUGAACCAAUGUAACAAGCCCACAGCACUUUUUUGCCCACGACGUGAAGAAAGACUAUUCACAGCAGGAACGAUAAGAAAAAGAAGAGAAAGUCUGUGUGAUUACAGGCGACUGGAAACGGUGCGGUGAGAAACCGGGAACGUUGCUCUGCUUUCGUCAUGACUAUGAUCAUGAUUGUAGUCAUUGCAGUUUUCAUGGUCAACUUCUGUAUGAUGUAUGAUGAAUAAAAAAGAGCAUAAAAGCCAGAAUCAGUGACUUCAAUGGAUUGAGGUGUUAUGAUCUUUCUGACAUCAGGCUCCAACAGAGAACAUAUGACAAACCCAAAGACAAAUAAAAACAAGUUUGCAUGAGUCAUUGUCAAAAAACAAUAAUGUAGUGUGUAAUGU